AUGGAGCGGGUGUGGAGACGCGUACAGGGUGCCGGGCGCCGCGGUGCCGCAGCUCGUUGCGGCUGCCCCGUGCAGCCGUGUCAGUUGCACGUGGACCAACGUGCGAAGCGCGGCGGCCGUAAAUCCCGCGGGCCUCAGACCAUCGUCUGCGAUUGCCAGGUGCAGCCGUGCCCGGUGCAUCCGGUGCUGAUCAGAGUCCGGCGUACGCGACCGGCCACCAGCUGCGACUGCCCGCCGGACGCGCAGCCCUGUCCGCACGCACAGCAGCGAGGAUCAGCCGCGCGAAGGGUCAGAAGAUGCGAAUGUACGGAUCGUUCCUGCCGACACACAGCCUGCGGCGCUGGUACCCGUCGUCGCGCGACCCCGCAUACCUCCUCCCCCGUCAGCACGACGCAGCUACAGCUGCAGCAACAAGCGCAACAGCAGCAGCCGUGCGAGUGCGCCGACGAGAGAUUAAGCUGCGCCCACACAGGCGGCGGCGAGGCGCCGUGCGAGUGCGGCGAGGAGGCGAAGCCGUGUCCGCACACGGUCAAAACGCGGCGGACGCGUCGCACGUGCGACUGCAGCUGCAGCCAGGCCGGCACACAGCCCUGCGGCCACAAGCCGCAGCCCGAGGGCCGCAUCAAGCGAGUUAAGUGCCGCGUGAGGCGCGCCGGCUGCGCGAUGGCCCGAUGCACCGCCGAGCUCGCGAUGCUGCACCUGCACUGGGAGCUCGCCACCGAAUGUGCGCCCUGCAGGCCGCGCGCGCUCACGCGACGGCUCUGCAGGAGGCAGCAGAGCGACAACGAGCUCUACCGCAGCAACAGCUUCAAGUUCGAGCGCUUCGAGCGAACCAAGGACGAGUGCGUCACGCCGCUCCGCAAACAGGAUCGUUCAGCGCGUUGCUUCCGAUUAAGUGCAGACAUGAGGUAAUAUAUGAGGGGCCAGAAGCACGGAUAUAUUUUCGCGUGAGUCACGCGUCGACACGUGCGCGUUGAGUGUCCGCGGGACGACGGCCAGACGCGUCGCGCUUGCGUUCGCACUGAAACGCGCUACCGUUCAAGCAACGUUCGUUUGGCUCGCAGCAAAAUGAAUCCCUCGGCAAAUAUUUGCUAGUAGAGAUAUAAUUGACUAUGUGCACACGCAAUAUGAUAUUUCUUUUGUAUAAGUGGACACUUAUAUAUGUUAAAACAGUUGCGACCAGUACGAAAUUCAUAACAGAAUACACGCCGCGAAUAUCAGAAUUUAUUUUUAGAAAAUACCGGAAAAAUUGAAAUUUCAAAUCACUAGGUUCCUUCAGUGGAAAAGAAGUAUUAUAUAAUUUGAGUAUUUUUUGAAAUUUAUAGAAUCAUUUUACACUCACAUUCAGUAAUCUAUUUGCAAAUUAAGUUACUAUUGCGUUUAAAUAAGUGUUUACUGCAAGCUAUUAAAAUAUAGUGAAACUGAUUGAAAUAUUACCUGAUUUGAGAGCUUGAAAAACAGGUAAUUACGUUUACUUGAUUCUAACACUGCUUUUCUGUAUAUAAUACGGAUGAAUAUGUAUAUAAUACGGAUGAAAUACAUUCCUCUGGAAAUUAUUAGCAGAGUUGCAUGAACGUCAGCAAUAGGAAGCGAACAAUACAGCGUACGACUGUACGCACACGAGCUUCGUUUAUUAACCAUAGCGAUGGAUAUACACCUGCUUUCACGUAAGCUUCUGCAAAGUUAAUCAAAUCGCGCGCGGCAUUCAACAUGUUAAUAUGAAGUUAGACUCUAUGAACUCGGUGACUCGC